CUCCAGUAGAUAGAUCGGCGUUACUGUAUGAAUAGUGAUGUAAUUAAGUUUAAAACCGUACCAUUUUCGCUAGCGUCAUAGUUUCUAAGUCAAAUGAUUUGAUUUAGUUAGCAUAUAAAACAAUACAUGAUUAGACAAAUACAGACUCGUUCAACUCAUAAAUGAUCGAAUCGGUUUGCGUGCGUUAAACAUGCGAAAUGCUUGUGACGUGACAGAAAUUAGUCGGAAUUUAUCUUCACAAAUGUGCUAAUGCGAGUGCUUAAGUUCUUUUUUUUUGUUUUAUUCCGUUCCAACGAUUAAUAUUUUUGGCCAUUUAUCUGUUUUAUUUGAACAUUUUGUGCUUAUCGUUAAAAAAGCUAUUUGAAAAAUCCAACGUUAAAAUGAUUUUUUUUUAACUAAAAAUAUUUAAAACAAAGAAAUUGAACUGGUGCAUAUUAUCUGCGUUAGAGGGUGCGGUACGACGCACGUCCGCUAAAAAGAUUCAAAACCUAACGCAAUUUAUAUGCUGAGCUUGCGCUAGUUAUUAUUUUAGCUUAAACGGAGUUUAUAACUCAGCUGUCAGCAGUAGUGGGUGAAUCGUUACGUCGAUAAGAACAGGAUUGGUGUAUAUGAUUUGAAAUAUAAAGUUUAAAACAAAAUGUCAUAAUUAUUAUUCGAAAAAAGAAUAUUCAAGGAUACUGUUAAAUCAAUCAUAAAUAAUAAGAAGCCAGCACAAUGAAUCUGUCAUAUGUGCUUGCAAUAUGUAUCGCGUUCAUGAUGUUUGGUGAAGGAGAUGUGUUAGCAGAUGAUACAUCAGCCAGUGCAGUUCAGCUAAACAACAUGGAAAAUGGAAUAUGUAGUAGCAAAGAUAUUCGGAAUUCGGUGAAAAAUUUCAACCAACUGAAUGGAUGCCGUGUCAUUGAAGGAUUUGUUAUGAUUACACUUAUUGAUAGGUACAACGAAACGGAUUACGAUAACCUCGAAUUUCCACUGCUCACCGAAAUCACUGAAUUUUUGCUGGUGUAUCGUGUGAAUGGCCUUAAAUCACUGGGCAAACUAUUUCCAAAUCUACGCACUAUCCGUGGAAAUGUUUUGAUUCAUGAUUUUUCUUUCGUUAUCUUCGAAAUGAUGCAUCUAGAGGAAAUCGGUUUGACUUCACUACUCAAAAUUCCACGCGGUGCUGUUCGCAUCGAAAAGAAUCCAGCGCUCUGUUUUGUUGACACAAUCGAUUGGUCGUUGAUUACAUUGAUUAGCGAAAAAAAUGUAUUCGCUAAAAAUAGGGCGACGAGUGAGUGUCCAAGAUGUCCCGGUAGCAAUGGUAGUGAAUUGUCAAAAUCGAAUGCCAAAACAAUUGUCUGCCCGGAAGCAGCUGGACGGCCAUUGUGUUGGAAUCAUCAAAAAUGCCAAAUAGUUUGUCCAGCAAAAUGCGGAAAUUUAACUUGCAAUCAAAACGGACAGUGUUGCGAUGAAUCAUGCCUUGGUUGUUCCAAUAAAAAUCCAAAUGUAUGCUUUUCAUGCCGCUAUCUCAGUUUCGGCAAUGUUCUGAAUCGUCAAUGUGUCCAAAAUUGUCCGGGAAAUACAUUUGCACAUGAGAAUCGUCGUUGUGUCACAGAGGAUGAGUGUCGUGCCAUAAAAAAACCGGUCUUCGUCAAUUACGAUCUGUUAGACUAUCCGUACAUACCGAGCGAUGGUAAAUGCGCCACCGAUUGCCCGAGCAAAUUUUAUCCCGAUGGACCGAGCGGAAAACGUGAAUGCAUCCCAUGCAAUGGAAGCUGCAAAAAAGAGUGCCCGCCCGGCACCAUUGACAGUAUAUCGACGGCGCAAUGGUAUCGCGGAUGUACACAUAUCAAAGGACCAUUUGUGAUCAACAUUCGAAAUCAAGGCGGACAAAAUAUCGUGCGUGAAUUGGAAACCUAUUUAUCGGAUAUCGAAGUAAUCGAAGGUCCGUUGUCCAUCAUUCGUUCGUACCCAUUGGUUUCAUUGGGAUUCUUUAGAAAAUUGCGUAUCGUUGAAGGCGAUGUCACUGGAAAAGAAAAGUACGGCUUUAAAGUAUUGGAAAAUCAUAAUCUUCAGUCACUUUUCACCCAAAAUGUCACCAUCCAACACGGUUACAUGCUUUUCCACUUUAAUCCCAAACUUUGUAUGAACAUCAUCGAGGAGUUCAAAGACAAUGUUCUCGAUUUGCGCAACGUAUCAAAAUUGCCAGCCGAUGAAGUGGCACCCAACUCGAAUGGCGACAAAACGGCCUGCAAUGUCACAAGUUUAGAGGUUGAAAUUAAAACAUUUAGUCACAAUGUUGUUGUGAUGGAGCUGAAACCAUUGCCGUAUAAAAAUGAACGUCACUUGCUCGGCUAUUUGCUGUACUACAAACCAGCUCAAUAUCAGAAUGUGACGAUGUUUGAUGGCCGUGAUGGUAAUGGGAAUGAUGAUUGGCAAGUGGAUGAUGUGUAUGACAAUAUUCGAAAUUCGACACCCAUUGCAAUCAUCGUAACAAACUUGAAGCCUUAUACACAGUAUGCUUACUACAUUCGAACAUACACUGUUGCUGGCGAACAGCAAGGUGGUAUUACACCAAUCAAAUACUUUCGAACUGCCCCAUAUAAGCCAUCUCCCAUCAAAAAACUCUCGGUCGCUUCAGAUGGUAGCUCGAAAAUUAUGGUUAAAUGGAGUCCACCAGUUGAAGCCAAUGGAAAUAUAACCAAGUACGUCGUAAAAUGCACGAUAAUACCAGAUGAUCCACAGCUGUUGGAUCUUCGAAACUAUUGUAACGAACCUCUAGGAUUAGAACCAACUUUGGGAUUCAAAGCGGAUGUAAAUGAAACCCAAUUUGAGGCAGAGGAAGAUAGUUCGAAACAAAGUAUAUGGGUUGGCGAUGAUACAGAUCUAAUUGAUUUUGAAGAUGAACUGCAUAAUACGGUUUAUGUUCAAAAAGUGAGAAGUCGUCGAGGAGUUUCUACACAAAUGAAUGAUGGCACAACGCUGACAAAGACCAAAUUACGGCACCGACGUUCAAGCAACGCAUCAGAAAAUCAACAGAAUUUUGUCCUAAUGAUCCACCAACCAACUACAAAACCCACUACUGAUGAUAAAGUGGACAAAAUGGAUCCAACACAAGUCUACUACACAUACAUGUACAGAAUAAUGAAUGCAUCGUUUUCUACGUUGUAUUUGAGCGAGCUCAAACACUAUUCGUACUAUUCGAUAGCAGUGAAAGCGUGUCGCGAAGGUACUGGUGAAAAUUGCGGUGAUGAAGUGAUUGUCUAUCAACGAACUGGAAAAAUGGACGCUGCAGACGAUGUGUUAUAUGUAGUAGUUGAAAAAUUACCAGCCUCAAAUCACAGCACAGGUGUACGAUUGUCCUGGAACGAACCGGAGGAUCCAAAUGGCAUGAUCGUUAGCUAUAAUAUUCGUUAUCGGCGCGUUGACAUGCCCGAACAUGAAAAAUACAAAGACAUUUGCAUCACACAAAAUCUGUAUCGUGAACAGGGCAGAUCACACAUAAUUACCGAUUUGGUGAAUGGAAAUUACAGUUUCACUGUUGCCGCUCACUCAUUGGCCGGUUCGAAUAUUCGUUGGUCGAAACCAGUUUAUUUCCAUGUUGAUGACGAAUGGCUAGCAGCUCCAACGAUUAUACUUGUUGUAUUCGCAGUGAUACUUGUUUUGGGUGCAUCGAUAUGGUUCUAUCGACGUAGAAAUAGACCAGCAGAUAGAAGAUUCAAUAUUAUGGCCUCCAUGACGGAUGAGUGAAAUGGAUAGAACAGAUUAACAUACUGACAUCGCUUUUGUGUAACUUUUAGUUUUCUGAAUCAAUGUAAACCGACACCAUAUUUCUUGUAGAUCAUAAAUUUUCAAAAUAUUCAAGAAUGGACUUUUUGAGUGAGUUGGAUUCUUAAUCAAAUGUACAUAUUUGCUGUGAAUGUUAACUUAAUAUCAACAUUCAAUGUAAACAUCACAGUGAAACUCAACUUGGCAAAACUAGGCAAUUAAAAUCGCCACUAUGGCAGUGAAACAACAA